AUGGACGAGCAGCCUCGCUUGAUGCACUCUCACGGGGUAGGCAUGGCCGGACACCCCGGCCUGGCGCAGCAUUUGCCGGAUGGCACCGCGGGGACGGACGGCGAGGGGAGGAAGCAGGACAUCGGUGACAUUUUACAGCAAAUCAUGACCAUCACCGACCAGAGCCUGGACGAAGCGCAGGCGAGGAAACAUGCAUUGAACUGUCACAGAAUGAAACCUGCUCUCUUCAACGUCUUGUGUGAAAUAAAGGAGAAAACAGUGCUCAGUAUUCGUGGCGCCCAGGAGGAGGAACCCCCUGAUCCGCAGCUGAUGCGCCUGGACAACAUGCUGCUGGCCGAGGGCGUCGCAGGGCCCGAGAAAGGCGGAGGGUCGGCAGCCGCUGCGGCGGCGGCUGCGGCCACCGGGGGCAUCGGCGCCGACAACUCGGCAGAACACUCCGACUACCGGGCCAAGCUGACGCAGAUCCGACAGAUUUACCACACGGAGCUGGAGAAAUACGAACAGGCGUGCAACGAGUUCACCACCCACGUGAUGAACCUGUUGCGGGAGCAGUCUCGAACGCGACCCAUCUCGCCCAAGGAGAUUGAAAGAAUGGUCAGCAUCAUCCACCGCAAGUUCAGCUCCAUCCAGAUGCAGCUCAAGCAGAGCACCUGCGAGGCCGUCAUGAUCCUUCGCUCGCGCUUCCUCGACGCCAGGCGAAAGAGGAGGAACUUCAACAAACAGGCGACAGAGAUUCUAAACGAGUACUUUUACUCCCAUCUCAGUAACCCUUAUCCAAGUGAAGAGGCCAAAGAAGAGCUGGCCAAGAAAUGCAGCAUCACAGUGUCACAGGUGUCCAACUGGUUUGGAAACAAGAGAAUCCGCUACAAGAAAAACAUUGGCAAGUUCCAGGAGGAGGCCAACAUGUAUGCGGCGAGGACGGCGGUUAACGCCACCAGCGUGUCUGCGCACGGCAGCCAGGCCAACUCGCCCUCAACUCCCAAUUCAGCAGGUGAGCAAGAUGUUUCUAGCGCACGAUCUUUUAAACUCCUUUUUCUGUCCCUUUUCCUUGCUCUUCUUUUCCUCUCUGCUUCUGUCGUGCUCUCAGGUUCUGCUGGCUCGUUUAACAUGUCAAACUCCGGAGACUUGUUCAUGAGUGUGCAGUCCCUCAAUGGGGACUCAUACCAAGGGGGGCAGGUGGGGGCCAACAUACAAUCCCAGGUGGAUACCCUUCGCCAUGUUAUCAGCCAGACCGGCGGAUACAGUGACAGCCUCGCCGCCAGCCAGAUGUACAGUCCGCAGGGCAUCAACACAAACGGUGGCUGGCAAGAUGCUCCGACCCCUUCGUCAGUGACAUCACCCACGGAAGGACCCGGAAGCGUUCAUUCGGACACCUCCAACUGA